AUGCUCCUCGGCUCUCAUCGGCCUUCGGGGGAUGCUGUAGGAGGUGAAGCCACACCGGGGGAAUCCAUACGAUGGGAAGCCACGCGGGGAAAAGCCACGCAAGUUGGAGUACAAACAGGAGGGGAAGCUAAGGAGGGGGGAUCCACGCAAGGGGAAGCCACGCGGGGGAGGGCAACGCAGGGGGAAGAUACGCGGGACGUACACGUGCGCGAGUAUGUGAGCAAUGAGGGGUUGCUUCAAGGGUCGGAGUCACAGGAAGCGUUUCCGCCAUGCACCACUGAACCUCGCCCGCGUUGGUGGCUGCUGGGCGCGCUGGCUCGCGCGGCCGCGGAGGCCUUCAACGCCACCUCGCCGCUCGCCGCCAUAGAACGCCGCCCGGCUCGCGCCGCCGCUCCCGUCGACCCGCCCUCGCUGCGUCCCGGCGCUGAUCUGCCUCUCGUCGUCGCGAUUGCCGGCGACUUUCUCGCCGGAAACUUGAGUGCGAGUCGGGAAAGGAGACGCGUGCGGCGGAGCCGUAGGAUGAACCCCUAUCUGCGGAGCAGCAGAAGCAUGCUGUCUACAGCCCAGCGCCGCCCUCCCCCACCCGCUGCUCGGCGCACGCCCGCUCGAAGAACACCCUCACUGCCGCCGCCCGCUGCCAAGAAGCAGGCGCCGCUACCCGAGAUCACCUCGCGGUCCCCCUCUAGGAGCGGUGGCGGGUCGACGGGGAGGAAAGCUGAGAGCCAGCCCAAGAAUGCGCCGCCGUCGCCGGCUAAGAAGGGCCGGAAGAAGAAGCUCGCGUCUCCGCCACCGGCGCCUCCGCCGCGCAAAAAGGGCAGAAAAAGGCGACCGCCACCGCCAUCCCCGCCCGCUGCUCAAAAGCCCCCGAAACGGAAACCUCCCACUGCUCCGUCGCCGCCCCCACCUAGAGGCUCCCGCAAUCCCGCGCAAAAGCCCCCCAGGAGCCCUCCCCCUCCCCGCCCUCCUCGGCCCCCCAGUCCCCCUCCGCCUUCUCCUCCUCAGCCGCCCAGACCUCCGCCUUCACCCCCAUCCCCCCCCGCGCCCCCAUCUCCUCCCCCGUUUGGCGUACAGUCCCCCGACUGCCAGUACGGCGCGGAGAAGUCGCUGGCGGAAUGCGCGAUGGGGUACGCGGGCGCGGCGGGUGUGCGCGGGGCGCAGGCGCUGGGGCUGACGCGGUACACGGUGGACAGCGAGUUCGACACGCUGGACGGGUCGCAGAUGGCGGUGGGCACGCUGCGCUGGGCCGUGACGUACCUGCGCGAGGGCGCGUACAUCCAGUUCGCGCGCAGCAUGCAGAUCACGCUGCAGGGAAACCUGUACGUGCGGUCGCGCACGACGAUCGACGGGCAGGGCUUCCACGUGCGGCUCAGCAACGGCACGCUCGUGCUGCAGAACGCCGUCGACGUCAUCGUGCACAACGUCGAAGUGAGCGGCGCGGGUGGGGACCUGAUACUGGUGUACAACAGCAGCAAGGUGUGGGUGGACCACUGCCGGCUGGUGGACGGGCGCACGGGCACGGUGGACGUGGGCAAGGGCAGCACUGACGUCACCAUCUCCAACUGCUACAUCAGCAGCCCCUCGCCCACCAUGCAGGUAACCCUCUCGCCUCGCCCUGCCACGUGCACCUGGUACUGGUUCAUCAAAAGGUGGGAGCGGGACGUGCAUGUGAGGAAGGGACUGUGUGCGGUGUGGCAGCUGGGGCUGUCGGACGGGGAGGAGGCGGAUCGCAUGAUGCGGGUGACGCUGUACCGCAACUGGUUUGACUCCUCCUACGCCAUGCAGCCGCUGUGCCGCAAGGGCUCCUGCCACGUCGCCGCCAACCUCUACACGCGCUGGACGUCUUUCUGCUUCGCGGCUCGCAGGGGCGCCGUGGUGCGCUCCGAGAAGAACGUGUUCCGUGCCGACCCCGCAGGGCGGGGGGAGGUGACGGCGUGGUACAAUGGCAUGCUACCCACGGAUAGCAACUACGAUACCACCGCCACCAUUCGCUCCGUGGACGACUUGCUUCUCGCAGGUGCCACGUUCCACGAGUGGGUGGGCGCCAACGCGCUCUUCACGGCGCCCUAUUACCUUCCCUUCUUCCGCAACACACGCCUACUGGAGGCUUUUCUCAUGGUCAACUGCGGGCCCAAGUACGACACCGUUGUCGCUCUGCCCCCUGCCUCGCCCCCGCCCUCCCCACCACCGUCACCCCCUCCUCCUCCCCCAUCCCCUCCCCCGCCACCGUACGUCCCGCCCCCACCCAUCCCUCCACCACCCCCUCCGCCGUCGCCCCCCCCAGCGCCGCCACCAUCGUCAUCCGACUGCCAGUAUACCCCGGCAGCGUACGGCGCAGGCAUACUGGCGUGCGCCAUGGGGUACGCGGCGGGGGAUCAAGGCGCGGGGUUGGCGGGCAUAGCAGCGAUGCCCGAGUACGUGGUGACGCUGGACGAGGACGCAGCAGGCAGCAGCCGCCAGGGGUCGCUGCGGUGGGGCCUGGGCAACUUCAAGGGCGGCGUGCGCAUCUCGUUCGCGCGCUCCAUGACCAUCCGCCUGGCUGCCGUGCUUUACGUCAAGUCCAACACGAUGAUUGAUGGCAGGGGCGUGAAUGUGACACUCACGGGCGACAGCAUCGUGGUCGUGCACUCGUCACAGGUCGUGCUGCACAACAUCCAAUUGGCAUGUGACGCAGCGAGCAGCAGUGCGCACGUGGUGCUGUACAACAGCACCAACGUGUGGGUGGACCACUGCCGCUUCUCCAACGUCUCCAAGGCCGCCCUCGACGUCUCUCGCCUCUCCUCCAACGUCACCAUCUCCAACUGCCACUUCACCCCGGGAGCUCCCUCCGCCGCCACGGUGCUACUGGGCAGCAGCGACAGCGACACGUCGCUCUCAUCCCUCACCGCCACGCUCUACCGCAACUGGUUUGACCGCGCCCCACCCGGUCAGCCCGUGUGCCGGCGCGGCAGCUGCCACGUGUCAAGCAGCCUGGUGAGCGGGUGGGCAGGGGCGGCCAUGGAUGCACGUGUGGGCGGGCAGGUGCUGCUGGAGAACACCCUCCUCUCCUCCGGUGCUGCCUCACAGGCCGUCGUGGCUGCUUCUGCCACGAGCCCUCCCGGCACCGUGGUCUCCGUGGGGAGUGUGCUCAUGGGUGCUGCUGUGUGGGGCCCCGUGGCAGCAGCAGGCACCCCUACCUUCACCCCUCCUUACUCCCUACCUGCGUCUCCUCCAGACACCAAGUUUGCCCAGUUCAUUAGGAGCAAUGCGGGGCCACAUGAAUGCUGCAACACUACGUGCUGGUGCCUACAGUCGCGCUGUGCCGUCGCCGUGUGCGGCGAGGGUUCAGCGACCUCCAUGGCGGGCGACGAAUCGUGGACAGUCGUUUCCAAACGCCGCGCCUCGCGCGGAAGCCGCUCCAGCGGUCCGCGGCCAGGGGGCGCCCAAGGGCCCGUCGGGUGCGCCUCCGCGGAGUCGAACGGCGGGGCUUGCGCGGAGGUGUCGGAGAGUGCCGCGGAUGAGCGGAAGGUGGAGCUUCCGGGGUGGAACGUGCGCGGGAAUUGGGGGAACGAAGGUGAACGCGAGUGCGCCCCUAGGAAGCCAGGCGGUAAAGGCAAGGGGCGACACGGCAGUGGCGCGCGCAAUGGCGGGGAAAGCGAGGAGUCGCGAGUGACGGCGCGCAUGGAGGAGGCGAGGCGCAUGGUGCAGGAGUCGGCGUUCUACAGCAAGCUCAGAGACCAGAUGGCAUCACUGCGUGUAGCCCAUUGCUUGCUGGCGGCCCAUCCCCUCUCCGCUCCCUCCGCCACCUCCUCCCUUCCCCCCCCCGCUCCCCAAUCUGCUGCUGCGAGGGCACCUGAUCACCCCUCCUCUCCGCCCACAGCACCUGCACAUGGCCUCCACGGAGGUGCCGUGGACACAGGGGGGAAAGGGGAGGACUGCCACGCCCCGGCCUCUCCGCCGCCACCCGCGCCCUCCACACAUCCCCACGGCACGUCCCCUCCACCGCAAGCAGCCCUCCCUGCUUCACCGCCCUCCCCCAUGCCCCAAGCGCACGGUGCAAUACCCCAUACAAGUGCGCGGCCCCCCCGUGUGCGCGUGAGUGUGUUUGACCCCGUGCUCUCCCCCGCUGAGCUCGCCGCACUGGCCCUGCUGGGCGCGCACUGCCUGCCCGCCAACGAGGAGGGGCGUCGCAGGGUGCGGGUGCCAACGCUGUUCUACAUGCCGCACUGCGAGGCGUUCCUCUACAACAACGUUCUAGAAGCCAAUGCUUCUGCUCUCGGCUUCACCCCCACUCCUCACACAUCGCCCCCCGCCUCUCUCCCCCUCACACCACCACUGCCCAAGGAAGAACCUGCCGAGCUGCCUUCAUCCUCCACUCCUCCCGCUGCAGCAGCAGCAGCAGCAGUGGAUGAAGCGCGUGGUGGCAGCACGAGAGAGUGUGCACCGAUGGUGAUUCUCGGCAACAGCUUUGCCUCGUACGAGGACAGGUGCGCACUGCACGGAGAGGCCGCAUGCAGCAGGUCGUGUUUCUCGCCAACCCGCGACGCGCUGUUCGCGGUGCCGUCCGACCUGUCCGACGCGUCCACCACCUCGCCCGAGCGCCAUGACCUCCUCGUCCACUCUGAUCCUCCCACACCCCCGCUACGCCUCGCCGCGUUCCCCCUGGAGCCGCAGCGCAUGGGGCGCGACGAGUCUUCCGCCAGCGAUGUUCUGAAUCCACCGCAAGCAGAGGCCGGGGAAGCAGUAGUGGCAGCAGGCGGCGCCAGAGACGCGGAUGCAGCAUCAGCGUCGGUUGAUAACCCGCUGGCUGCCGCCUCGACCUGCAUAAGACCACCCUCGUUAGCGCGCGGUGCGGAUGCAGCAGGCGGUACAUUCGCGCUGGCCGACCUCCCGGAUUCGCUGCUCUGCGACGUGCUGCGCCACUUAAAGCCCGUCGACGUGCUGCGGGUCGCGCUCGUCUCCCGCGCAUUCCGCGAUGCCUCUACGGCCGAAUCUGUUUGGGACGACAGGCUUCCCGAAAGUUUGUCUCAGCUCGUACCACAGCCAAACCCUUGCCGCGUCUCCUCUCGCCUCGCCUUCAGGGCGGUGUGCGAGGGCGUGCACGUGGACGAGGGGCGGCAGCGCCUGGCACUACAUGCGGGCACGGGCGCCAUGAGCCUGUGCGUGUCCGUGGCGCUCGCAGCGCGCUCCAUGCAGGUGGACAUCCGGCGCGGCGGCAUGGUGCGCGACUGGCAGCGCAUGUGCGACGAGCCGCGCGCCUACUUCCACACGUCCGUGCUGCUGCGCCCCGUGGGGGGCUACCGCGUCGCCUCCACCCCUGAUGGCAUCGCUCUGCCUCGCCAGCUGCCCGCAGGGCGGUACUCCGUGGGGUGGCGAGUGAGGGCGCAGCACGUGGCGCCAGACCUGAUGUUCCAUGCCGACUCCACCUUCUCCAUUGACAACAGCUCCGCCAUCUGGCGCCGCCACUGCCAACCACUCACUGCCACGUGGCAGAUCCUCAGUGUGGGCGACGUCCUCCUGCCAUCAGCUGCCGAGCAACCAGGCAGUACAACUCCCCAGGCGAUGAUGACAGCGGAGCUGCUGCAGCUGCAAGGAAAGGGACCGCAGCCGCCUGUCGUGAUCGACUGCAUUGUCUUGCAGCAGCGCACGGGGUGA